AUGUGCUAUUGGCCACCACAUCGAGAAGAGGCAAGAGUUGAUCUAUAUGUCCGCAAGCGGAAAGGCCCACAGUCCGGAUGGAUCAAGCUCACAUGUAUGAUAGUGGCAAGAUACAGAACCUACCACCGGGCAAGGCAGAUGCUGCCUAUGGCUGAAAACACGUCAGACCUCAAUGCAGAGGAAGAGCUUGGUCGUGGCAGGAGGAAGCGCAGGGGGCACCAGCUCCGACUGGUUUUUGGUAAGUGGCCCCACCACGUACCCCAGCCCCAGUCCCAAGGUGUUACCUACCGUGCCGAGGGCAUGCAAGGUGAAGAGACCACUGCUAUGCGAACAGGGCCUGUGCACCUGCAGUUGACAAUGUGCUACAAGUGCCAUCAGGACCGCGAACCCAAGCUGCAGACCUGCAUCUACAGAGCACUCACCGUCAUGCCAGUUUACGGCAAUAUUGAGCAGUUCGACGGCGACGCUUCUGCGUGGACUGACUACCGGGAAAGGAUUCAGCAGUACUUCGAAGCUAACAACGUUGCUCAGGACAAGCAACGCGCUGUCUUUUUGACAUGCUGUGGAAAGCAGACAUAUACGUUACUUCGGAGCCUGCUUGCGCCUGCUGCACCGUCCGCCACGGCACUUCCCGCCAUCCUGGAGGCGUUGGAUAGUCAUUACUCUCCAAAGCCGUCACAAGUGGUCGCUCGCUACAAGUUCAACACAAGGGUUCGUCAGGAAGGCGAAGCCACACGACUACUCGAAGUGCCAGAUCUUACCCUAGCCAUUGCAAAGAAGACUGUUGUCGCAAUUGAAGCUGCACGAAACGAUUCCAGAACGCUGUCCACACAAUCCGAGGGCACAGCUGCGAAUUUUGUGAAGAAUAAGUCGACAGGAAUAACGUGUUACCGCUGCGGUGAGAAGCAUUUGGCGACACAGUGCCGACAUCGUAACACAGUUUGUCAUAGCUGCGGGAAAAAAGGUCACCUGGCGAAAGUUUGCCAAGGAAAAGCAAACAAGAAGAAAGAACAGGUGGAAGACAAGAAAAAGUCUGACAAAAAGAAACCAGUACAUGCCGUUGAAGAUCCAUCUGAAGACGAAGAAGAAGCUACUUCUGUGUCUCAAGUGUUUGAUCUCUGGAAUGCGUCGGAUCGAAGCGAUCCGUUUCGCGCGCACGUCGUCCUUGAUGGUGUUCCGUUGGAAAUGGAACUCGAUACAGGUGCUGGAGUAUCUAUCAUCGGUGAAAAUGUUCUGCGCAAGGUUCUUCCCCAUGCAAAGCUUGAGACUUCCAACGUACUGUUGCGAAGCUAUUCUGGUGAACUAACUCGUGUGAGAGGAUGCGUGAACGUUCAAGUGAAGUUUCGUGACAAGCAGGAGUGCUUACCACUCUACGUGGCGCCGGGUUCUUGUCCAAAUCUUUUCGGCCGCACUUGGAUGAAAGCUUUUGGCAUGGCUCUGACAGCAGAGGACACACACGUCUGCGUGGUCUCAACUGUUGAGGACGUUAUUGCUAAGCAUCAAGACGUUUUUUCAGAUACUUUGGGUACCCUGAAGGAUGUCACAGCGAAACUACAAAUUCAGGACGGCGCACGCCCAAGAUUCUUUAAAGCGCGUGCAGUACCGUUUGCGCUUCAAGACCGAGUCGCCGAGGAGCUACAACGUAUGCAGCGUGAAGGCAUUAUCGAACCAGUAAAGACGUCUGAAUGGGCCGCGCCCAUUGUUCCUGUCGUCAAACGCGAUGGACGUGUAAGAAUUUGCGGUGACUUCAAGAUUACCGUAAAUCCCGUUGCCGUACCUGAGAAGUAUCCGAUUCCAAGGGUUGAGGAACUGUUCGCUAAGCUGUCAGGAGGAAAGAAAUUCAGUAAGCUUGACCUCAAGGAUGCUUACCAACAAAUACUGCUGGACGAAGAGUCCAAGAACCUGGUGACCAUCAACACUCAGAAAGGGUUGUAUCGGUACGUAAGGCUACCGUUCGGUGUUUCUACGGCACCAGCGUUAUUUCAACGAAUAAUGGAAAACCUGCUGCAAGAUCUGCGUGGCGUCGUGGUUUACUUCGACGAUAUCCUUGUCACUGGAAAGGAUGACGACGAUCACAAGAAGAACUUGGAUAUUGUACUGCGAAGGCUUGAAGAAGCUGGACUACGAUUGAAACUUGAAAAGUGCAUUUUUAUGGCCCCUAGGGUGCACUAUUUAGGUCACGUAAUCACGGAGGUGGGGUUACAUCCUGAUCCAAAGAAGGUGGAAGCUGUGACGAAGGCGCCAGCGCCAACGAAUGUGAAAACGUUGCAGAGCUACCUGGGGCUAGUGAACUAUUACAGGAAGUUCUUGCCUGAUUUGUCGACAGUACUGCAUCCUCUAAACCAGUUACUGGGAGCAAAUGCGCCAUGGACUUGGGGCACCGAGCAGCAGCUCGCUUUCCAAAAAAGUAAGGGCCUCCUAACGUCUGCUAGGGUCCUAGCUCACUUUGACCCCAAGAAACCUUUGGUGUUGGUAUGUGAUGCAUCGCCUUAUGGCGUGGGUGCUGUACUUGCGCACCGUGAACUGUCAGGUGAAGAGCUUCCUAUUGCAUAUGCGUCAAGGAGCUUAAUGCCAGCAGAAUGUAAUUACAGCCAACUCGAUAAAGAGGCUCUGGCCGUAAUUUUUGGCGUUCUGAGGUUUCAUCAAUACCUCUGGGGUCAUUCAUUCGAAAUAGUGACCGACCACAAGCCAUUGUUGGGACUUUUAGCGCACGAUAAGCCUGUACCUAAUAACUGUUCACCCAGGCUUCUUCGCUGGGCCCUGACGUUAUCAUCUUACCGCUACGAGUUGGUCUAUCGACAGGGAAGCCGCAUCGCACAUGCCGAUGGACUGAGCAGAUUGCCACUACCUACCGAAGCUCUUCCCGUGGAACGACCCUCAGAAGUGUUCCUGUUGGAAGGAGUCUACCCAACUGUUUUAUCCGCAAAGGUAGUCGCUCAAGCCACGUCAAGAGACGUCAUUGCAUCCAACGUUCGCCACAUACUGUUGUCAGGCGGCAAAUUACCUGACGUGACUGACUACAGGCCUUACCAAAGGCGUUUUGAUCAACUGAGCGUGCAGGAUGACUGUAUACUUCUCGGAAAUCGUGUUGUCAUUCCUCAAGAGCUACGUGCAAAGGUUCUCGACUUGCUUCAUGACAGCCACCCUGGUGUCACAAAAAUGAAGGCUGUGGCCCGCAGUCACGUCUGGUGGGAUACAUUGGACGAAGAUAUUGCCGCGAGGGUACAGAGAUGCAUGACAUGCCAAGAACAACAACGUGAGUCCAGGCGUGUUCCUAUGACGCCUUGGCCUUUUCCAGAAAGAGCAUGGUCGCGCUUGCAUGUGGAUUUUGCAGGCCCUUUUAAGGGUCAUUACAUCUUCAUCCUUGUGGACGCAUUUUCCAAGUGGGUAGAAGCCGAAGUUGUUCCAUCACCAUCCGCGGAAGCUACUAUUUCUUGUCCACGUUCUAUAUUUGCGAGACAUGGACUGCCCCAUCUCGUAGUGUCGGAUAAUGGACCAGCAUUUGUAUCAGCAAAGUACACAGAAUUUGUGAAGCGGAAUGGAGUAAGAAAAGUCCUAAUUCCUCCAUAUCACCCAGCAUCGAAUGGGGCUGCUGAAAGGGUUGUUCAAACAAUUAAGAACAAGCUUAAGAAGGCAAGCACAGGUGAUUUCAAGACGCAGCUAUCUCGCGCACUAUUCAGCUAUCGAACAACGCCGCACGAGAUAACCGGUGCAUCUCCAGCAGAACUCUUGUGCGGAAGAAAACUCAGGACUGCUCUGGAUAAUCUUCAUCCGGACAUGCGCACCACAGUGCUUCCGUCUAUCGUCCUGGGGAUUCAGUGUUCGCAAGAAAUUUUCGACCUGGACCAACUUGGGUCCCUGCUGUUGUCACAAAAGCACAAGGACAGUCGUCUGCUGUUGUACAGCUACCUGGGGGAGUUAUUUCCACCAGGCACCAAGACCAUCUACGAAGGGAUGCACAGCGAUCAGAAUCAUCAUCAGACAGCGACGCUGAAACAGCACAGUCGCAGUUGUCACCGAGUGUACCACCAGCUGAUUUUCAACCUGAUACCGUGGAGAAUCAUGGGUCAUGUCCAGACGGCAGCAGCACUUCAAGUGAUAGUGCGGUGA